AUGAAGUCGCUACAGUUCGUUGUAUUUGCGGGAUGGCUCUGGGUGCUACCUUGUAUCGCGUCACUCGUUCAAUCUACAUCAUGUGCCUCCAAUGCUUCGGCGGUUAGGUUGGCCAAUUAUGUGAUGGACGUGGUGAUUUCUGAUAACCAUGAUAAGCUCCAAUUUUACAUAACCUCAGAAGUGAUAAAUAACCAUGACGUGCUGGACACAAGUGUGAUCAUAGAUGACGUUAAUACCACCUCAAACCGUUGGACCAACAUGCAUGUUGAAAUAUUGUUCAUGGGGAAGCAGUUUAUUGACGAGAAUGUGAGGUUCUGUGACAUUGUCAACGUGAAGAAUACUCUGGAGUACCUAUAUAGUCCCAGGUUCCAGGAUUCCCUGUCGGUAAGCGGGCCCGAUGUUGUAAGCAAUUCCACCUUGACGGUUAAUGAAAAGAGAAUGCUUGCUGAGGGACAGCAUGACUUCGAAAGCAGGGACUUGUCACCACUCACAGGGAGGGACGAUAGAAGUGAAGAUGUUUCUUCCGCCAGAAAUUUUACUCGUAAACCUCAAGAAAUCUCGGACAACAAUGUUUUUAACUACACGUCUACCUUGGUAGCUACCCACUGUCCGCUAUACGUCAAUGAUACAAUAACGUUCUUCUACGAAGCAGAUAUCGGGAAGAAUUAUCAUCGGUUAGGUUCGUACACGGUUAAAUUUACACUCAUUUCCAACGAGGUGGAAUCACAAAUUAUUUCUUGUAACAAGGCCUACAUUACCCCAACUCAACCAUCCUCAAUUUACAAGACUAUAAUGAUUGGAGUACUUCUUUUAUUGCUUGUCACUGGAGGCAUCAAUUUCUUUACAGUGAUGUACUCAUCGUACCAGGAGUCUUCUAAUCCUCUCUUAUUUACAGCAAGUACCAUUGGAAACGAAAAGCUUUUAAAACAACUAGAAUGCUCGGUGACCAGUAUCUUGCAAUAUUUGCAAUUUGCCCUUUUUAUCGGUGCAUUGGAUUUACAAUACCCUGGGUUUUAUCAACCAUUAAUCUCUCAGUUCAAAUGGUGUGCCCUUUUGGGGAUAAGUCUAAUUGGAAUAGAUAGAGGAGGAAAAUUUCAUAAACAUAGCCCAAGAGGUCCAAGCACCAAAGAUUAUGUCUACAGCACGUAUAACAAGCGUGGAUUGCAAAGCUUAACUGAAUAUAGUACAGACCGAAACUCCAUUGAUUGCUGGCCCAAUUUUAUGUUGGUCUUGACGAUUUGGAUCUUUUUGCAAAUACUUGCUAAACAACUUUUCAUCUACAUCAAGGAAUUUAUUCAUUUGGUCAGGGGUAACAGGUAUAUGAUGAUUGGCAGAGAGAGCAGACUAGAUUUAUCGAAAAACCUUUCGUUAAUUUUGGGAGAGAUAUUUAACAAUUUCUUGAAUUUGUUUUCCUUACCAUUUUUAACAUUAACAUUGUACAUUUUCUCCUUGGCCCUUGAAACAAAAGAAUGGGAAAGCUUCUAUCCGUUCUUGUCAGCUUUAAGCUAUGACAUUUACGACCCCUACACUAGCUACAAGUCCUUAUUCUCAUCUGGAUUUAGCAGUCAUCAAUGGCAGCAUACUUAUGGUAACUCCACCCUGAGCUUCAGCAAUAAUUCAAAUUUAACCACAACUCCAAAAUUAUAUCCGUCAACAUAUAAUGAUACACUGAGUAAUAUUACUUCCACGUUUCAGAGUCGUCGUCCACAAAAUUUUGCAAUACCUGCCAGAGUUAUGGCUCCUGCUAUUAUAUCCUUUAUUCUUUGGUGUGCAUUGGCAUUAUUUUUCACUUUUAAUUAUCUUUUUACAAUAAGAAAGGUUUACCUGAAAGAUAAAAAUAAUACGUUCUGGGAAACUUUAAUUCCAUUCAGAAUAUGUCAAAAUAGCAACGUUUCAAAACUAUACACUUCUUUGAAAACAAUAUUAAUCUGGGGAUUUAGCUACCACCACCUUGAACCUACUAAAAUCUUCUAUGUCACGGUUCCAUAUUCAUCGAUAUUUUUGAAGCUGAUAGUCAUUGGGGUAUUACAAAGCCAUGGAUGUGCUCAAGUUACUAUCUUAUCCAUCAUUGAAUUUUUGGAAAUUUGCGUUUUGAUUUAUUAUAAGCCUUACGUUAUUAAGAUAAGGUGGUUUUCAUCUAGAUUGAUCACUCCGUUUGCAAAGUUAGUGGUGACUUUGUUAUGCAUUCCAUACAUUAGAGAGUUAGAUUUAAGCGAAGUAAGGAGGACGUAUGUUGCCUAUGCACAAUUAUUAAUUCACGUCAUUGUAGCAGUGAUUUUCCUUAUUCAAUUGCUUUAUGGACUUGGCAUGACGGUGCAUAGCAUUAUCAAGGAGAGUUGCAAAAGGUCUGAAAGUGAUACGAAGGUACUGAAUAUGAAAAAGAUAAAAUCCCAUGAAUACAGAGGAAUAACAAAAUUGGAAGAAGAAGGAUGUUUUGAUGGUGAAUCGAGUAUACCUGCCUACCGUAUGAGUGACUAUAUUAAUGUAAAAUUUGACGGCCCUCCUGAAGAAGACAUUGAAAAUGAAGAUGCCUACUAUUUUAGGGGUGCAGCAGCGAAUAGAGUUGAAGGUAAGCUUGAAACAGCAACAAGUGAUCACACAGAAGAGAAUUUUUCAGAGAUCUAUAAUAAACCUGAAAAGGCAUGCUUCCGUAAUGACUCGUUCACUGACGCAAAUGACCACUUACUAAGAUCAAUUUCAGACUUAGGAUCAUCAUUUCAUGAGCAACAAAAGUCUUCAUAUAGAAGAAGAAAAGAAAAUGAUUAUACGUUUAGAGAAGGAGAUUUCAUCUACAAGAAAUUUUUGAUCGACGAUUCUAUUGACCCAGAAAUUAAGGCUCUUUGGAAUUUAAGAACGCAGAAUCAGAAUCAAAAUCAAAAUCAAAAUCAGAAUCAGAACCAAAAUCAGAAGCUUUUUAGUAGGCAAGGUGAAUCAGAGCUAAGCCUUAAUUCUGCAAAUUCUCCUCGCUCAUUUUCACCCUUGCGUAACAAAAGCAUCCAACUGCCAAACAGUGACCAGCAAAGUCAUAAAGUGAAAAAACCUACCCCAUUCUUUAUCAAUCUUUUCAAGAAGAAUAAAAAAGCAGACAUUCCAGUCAAAAGCUUCGAAAUAGAUAGACCAAGACAUCUCAUUGUAAAAACAAGAGAGCAAAUGGAACAAAUGAAUGAAAAAAGCAUAUCCUCCAAUAUAAAACUGCCUUCACCAGCAUCGAGCGCAAGUUUACUGUCAACAUUACCAGAGGAAAAUCAACUAAAUAUUGACAACCAGCAUUCUUCCGAAGAAUAUGGAUCUACUGAUUCACUAGUAAUCGUUGAAGACAACAACAGGUCUGAUUCCUGGCUGUUUAUACCCCAGCAAUAUUAA